AUGCAGUUUUUCAUUCGCACGUUUACACCACGAUCCUCUACGUCGCUGUUCCCUCGAUCUACAUAUUUCUUCCAUAUACGCCGAAUUCACGCCCAGCCUUCUCAUAGCCAGGCGGGACCCUUAGCAGGCGUCAAAAUUCUCGAUUUGUCGCGCGUUCUAGCAGGCCCAUUCUGCACUCAAAUCCUAGCCGACUAUGGAGCAGAUGUGAUCAAAGUUGAGCAUCCCAAGGGUGGUGAUGACACUCGUCUCUGGCGCGAGGCAGGAGAGGAGGUUAUCUGGAAGCCAAAUGCCAAAGAUACAUCUCUUUACUUUAAUACAAUAAAUCGGAAUAAACGCUCGAUUUCCCUCAACCUGAAGCAUGAGCAAGGGAGAGCUGUGGUUCUUCAGCUAGCAAAGAACGCUGAUGUCGUUGUUGAGAACUUUGUACCAGGCAAGCUCGAAAGUCUAGGUCUCGGAUAUGAAGUCUUGAAGAAGGCCAAUCCCUCUCUCAUCUUAGCAAGUAUUUCCGGCUACGGUGCCGAUGGCCCUUAUUCUCAACGUGCAGGAUACGAUGUCAUAGGCGCUGCCGAAGGCGGACUGCUUCACGUCACAGGCGAAGGAGACGGUCCACCCACCAAGCCAGGGGUCGGUAUCAUAGACAUGUGCACAGGUCUUUAUCUCCAUGGUGCAAUUGCAUCCGCACUGCUUGCUCGGGAGAAAACCGGUCUCGGUCAGAAGAUUGAUACAUCACUGUUUGAGACUACAAUCUCCAUUUUGGCAAACGUGGGCAUGGCCUGGUUAAAUCUCGCCCAGGAAGCACAGCGAUGGGGCACGGGGCAUCCGACAAUUGUACCCUAUGAGGCAUUCACGACGAAAGAUGCGUAUAUUGUUGUUGGUGCAGUUAAUGAUAGACAGUUUCAUGUCUUGUGCGACCGGCUGGGGAACGCCGAUUUGGCCCAAGAUCCUCGGUUCGUGAACAAUAAAUUGAGAAUUGAACAUCGAAAGGACUUAAAGCGCAUCCUAGAUGAAGAAUUCGCUUCCAACACGACCGCGUACUGGGAAGAUAAGUUUGAGGGCAGUGGAUUACCUUACGGUCCGAUCAAUAAUAUGGAGAAAGUGUUUUCGCACCCCCAAGCUAUUGCCAGGAAUAUGAUUGAGACCGUCGAGCAAGAUUCAGCCGUAUCGGGGAAGAUACAAGUUCUUGGUAUGCCAGUCAAAUUCAGCGAGUCUAAGACUUCAAUCAGACGUGCUCCACCGGCUCUAGGAGAGCACACGGAUAAUGUACUACAGGAGCUUGGCGUGUCCACUACUACUAUCUCUAAUCUUCGAAAGAAUGGGGUUAUAUAG